CUCCUGCGACGACUCCCCGGAUUCAGGUCAUUCAGCUCGAACAGGACUGAGGCGGCUUCCGUAGCAGAGCGAGCUGUUGGAGUGACGCAGGAGCGCCGAACGGGCAGAUCACUUCUACAGUCAAGAUGGCGACAUCGGAGCCGAAAACAACUGAAACUGAAGAUCAACAGACUGACGGUCAGGUUGUUGCGAAUCCUGAGCAGUAUAUCAAACACCCUUUGCAAAACAGAUGGGCCCUGUGGUAUUUCAAAAAUGACAAGAGCAAAAGCUGGACAGAGAACUUGCGUCUCAUUUCUAAAUUUGACACAGUGGAAGAUUUUUGGGCAUUAUACAACCACAUACAGCAGCCAAGUAAACUCGGCUUUGGCUGCGAUUACUGCUUAUUCAAGGAUGGGAUCAAGCCCAUGUGGGAGGACGACAGGAACAAGCUGGGGGGUCGAUGGCUGAUGACUCUCAACAAACAACAGAGGCACAAUGACCUCGAUCGCUACUGGAUGGAAACACUGUUGUGUUUAGUCGGUGAGUCAUUUGAUGAGGCAAGUGAAGACGUCUGCGGAGCUGUGGUCAACGUCAGACCUAAAGGUGACAAAAUAUCCAUCUGGACGAGCAACUGCCAAAACAGGGACGCCAUCAUGACGAUAGGGCAACUUUACAAAGAGCGUCUCAACCUCCCCAUGAAAGCCAUGAUUGGCUACCAGUCGCACGACGACACGUCCAGUAAGAGCGGCUCCACCACCAAGAACAUGUACUCCGUUUGAAAAAGCUCCUCAUUUCAAUUUGCUGUAGAUUUAAACAAUUGCCGAUCUGCAUCAUCACAUUAAUUUUUGAGUUGUCAACUACUGUAGUGUCCUUUCCUUUUAUUGCUAAGAGAGGUGUUCAUAGCGUGUACAGCUGGAGCUUCUCCCAAUUCAAGAUGCCAGCGGAGCGGUUGUUUAAAGAAAAAGAAAAAACGGGGAGGAAGGGUAUCGGGCUUGAGAUGUUGUACGACGAGUAAGAGAACACACGAUGAUUUACUUUUAGAGUUGAAGACUUCUGUGAUUAAUAUCAGUGACCUCUCCUAGCUUAGCUGAGAACAAGCUUUUUUUUUCCAAUACUUAAUGGCUUGAGUUGUUUAAUUAAAAAAGAAAGACUUAACUAUAGGGCCUUGUGUUUCUCUCAUGCUGAGUUCUCACUCUUUACAAAAAGUGUUUCUCACCUCACAGGAAAAAGAAGGCAGGCAACUCGUCCUCAUACAGAACAAAUUUUAAGGGCAAUUUUAACUUGAUUUAUCCACAAGUGUUGAGCAUGAGCCGGGCUUUCAGACGCACCAGCUUAAAUAAUCUACAGUAUCUUAAAGGUUUGUAAAAGCUGUGGUCACACUCCAAAGUGUAGGGUUUGGAUUAAGGCCACUUGUUGUUUCAGCCAUGCUGGAAUUAUGGGAUAUUGCUUGUAGGUUUUGCUUUGUUUUUUCCCCUCAACUUUUUUUCUCUUCCCUUUACAUUUAUUUAUAAUGUAUGCAUUGCAGUUACUUAGUUGAAAGACAACCAUGAAGCUCGUGUUUUUUCAAAUUGUUCUUUUUUUUUUUCUUUUUUUGUUAUUAAGGUUAAUAAUGUGGACUACUGCAUAUAGAUGACAUUUUUUACAGUGUACCAUACAGUAAAGAUGCCGACAGAAUUAGGUGUGCUUUUCACUGUUUUCUUCCUAACAAAAACUGUAGAUAAUGUCGCACUCCUCUCUUGGUUGUUGCAAAAGAAAGAUGAUAUUCAUUGUGAAAUGAUUUUGCUCAUAAUGUAUCUUUAUUAUCUGUAAUUCCAGGAUGUAUAUUACCUUCUUUCAAGUAAAGUUUAAGUGCUUUGCAUUAAAA